GUCUAUGUGUACUAGUCAGAAAAAGGGUCGUCUCUUUGAUUAUUCUACGCACAGUCGUCAACCUUUACAACUGCUGUACAGUACCCUCAAAACAAAUCCAAACCUUCAAACAAAAUUUCCAUUUCUAAAAAGUUAUAUUUCUGGGGUUUCCAUAAUUCUCAAUUCUGAUCUUUGAUGUUGUUUCUUCAAACCAUUUGUUUUGUUCUUUUAUGGAGUUGUUUUUGUUUCACUGUAGAAUCACAAUGCAAUAGAGGGUGUCCUUUAGCUUUAGCUUCAUACUACUUAUGGAGUCAGGCAAAUCUUACAUUCAUAGCCCAAGUUUUCAAUACUACUGGAGAUGAAAUCUUGAGUUAUAAUCCAAGUGUUCCUGACCAAGAUAGACUUAUAUCUUCUACCAGAAUCAAUGUUCCAUUCACCUGUGAUUGCCUUAAUAAUGGCCAAUUUCUGGGUCGUAUGUUUCAGUUUAGGAUGACAGAGGGUGAUACUUAUAAUAGACUUGCUAACACUUACUAUUCCGGGCUUACUACUGCAAGAUGGAUUGAGAAUUUCAAUAGUUUUCCUGUAAAUAAUGUACCUUCGGGUUCCCUUGUUAAUGUUCCUGUGAAUUGCUCUUGUGGGGAUAGGAGUAUUGAAAGAAAUUAUGGGUUGUUCAUGACUUACCCGCUUCGUCCUGGAGAUAAUUUGUCUUCCGUUGCACAGUACUCGAAUUCGACCUCGAGUUUGUUGCAGAGGUACAACCCAAAUGUGAAUUUUAGUGCUGGAACUGGAAUUGUGUUCAUUCCUGCUCAAGACAGAAGUGGACGAUAUCCUCCUAUGCCCUCAAGGUAGGGACUAUCUGGCGGAGUCAUUGCUGGUAUCUCUGUGGCAGUGGUAGGUGUAAUUUUGCUGGCAAUAUUAUUCUUUGUGCUUAUGAGAAGAAAGAAAAUGAAGAAGGCCUCACUACUCCUUGAUAAGCUGUCUGGUAAGAUUCAUGGAAAAUCCCAGAAAACUGCAAGUUCCUUCGAUGCUGGAAACAUGGGUGUGACUGUUGAUAAGUCAGUUGAGUUCUCCUAUGAAGAGCUUGCACAAGCAACAGAUAACUUCAACAUGGCUAACAUGAUCGGCUCCGGUGGUUUUGGGCAGGUUUACUAUGCAGAGCUGAGAGGAGAGAAAGCAGCUGUCAAGAAGAUGGACAUGUUGGCAUCUAAAGAAUUUCUUGCUGAGUUAAAGGUUUUGACCCGUGUUCAUCACUUGAAUCUGGUUCGCUUGAUUGGAUACUGUGUUGAGGAGUGUCUUUUCCUGGUGUACGAAUUCAUAGAAAAUGGAAAUUUAAGCCAACAUUUGCGUGGGUCCGGAAAAGACCCACUACCCUGGUCUACCCGAGUGCAAAUUGCUCUUGAUUCUGCAAGGGGUCUUGAGUACAUUCAUGAGCAUACAGUCCCCGUGUACAUUCAUCGUGACAUCAAAUCUGCCAAUAUACUGAUAGACAAGAGUUUCCAUGCAAAGGUUGCAGAUUUUGGGUUGACCAAGCUGACUGAAGUUGGAAAUCACUCUGCUCCAACACGUCUUGUUGGUACAUUUGGAUACAUGCCUCCAGAGUAUGCGCAGUAUGGUGAGGUGACUCCAAAAGUAGAUGUUUAUGCAUUUGGAGUUGUCCUUUAUGAGCUCAUAUCAGCUAGGGCAGCUGUAACGAAGCAAAUCUCAGGUCCUGACUCGAAGGGCCUAGUUGGUAUGUUUGAGCCUGUUCUCAACGAGCAUGAUCAAAAUGAGAUUCGGAAACUGGUGGACCCUCAGUUAGGGGACGACUAUCCUCUCGACUCCGUUUAUAAGUUGGCACAACUUGCAAAUGCAUGCACUCAAGAGAAUGCUCAUCUGAGGCCGAGUAUGAGAUCUGUUGUGGUUGCUCUGAUGACUCUAUCGUCCACAACAGGUGAAUGGGACACUGGUGCCUUCUAUGAAAAUGACAGUGGUAAGCUACUCUCUGCAAAUUAACAGAAGUUCGUGCAAGAAAUGACGAGUGGUAACAUGUUGAUAUGUUGUUUGCCAUAUUGCUUUUGCCAUUUCAACUCUCUGUAGUCUGUAUAUUUAUUGGUGCGAUGUAGUUUGUAUAUUUGUAAUGUACUCGCUGUAACAUAUAAUUAUUGUUCCAUGGCUAAACAUAUGAUACUUAUUGAGUUGCGUGAUUAGAUCAAUAAGUGUAAGAACAAUAAACGGAAUGGAAAUGUAGUGAAUUCUUUUUA